GUCAGACCUUUAAGUUAAAGUAUUAUUUGAAAUGAUUGUCCGGCAGUUUAUAAGAAUGGUUGAAGUGUUCGUGUCACGCGCGCCGUUUCCAGUCGCUCGUGCAGUUUCCGUCGGAAGGAUUAAAGCGUGACACACGGAAGCGGCGCGGCGCGGUUCUAGCCGGAGCGAAGUCCGGGCGGAAUGGAUGCAGGCGACCGGUCCCGAACGGCUCACGCGUGAAAUAAAGUCUCUUCUGGCCAGGAGGUGUGUCGCUGGACAAUGCAGUAAACAGUGUCUGUUAAGUGAGCUUGCGGUGUCUCUUGCCAGCCUGGUUGUCAUGGAGAAGUCCUGGCGGUUGUGGGGCGCACUGGAGCGAUGCAUGGUGACCGUGGGCUCCUUGUCUUGGGGCGCUUGCCGCAUCUCCCUGCUGGUCCUCAUCCUCACCUUCCACCUGCACGGGGGCCUCCUGCUGUUGGGCCUCAUCCUGGCGUCUGUGGCCGGGAUCCUCUACAAGUUCCAGGACGUGCUGCUCUACUUCCCUGACCAGCCUUCGUCCUCGCGCCUGUACGUCCCCAUGCCGACGGGGAUCCCCCACGAGAACGUCUACGUGCGCACCAAAGACGGCGUGCGGCUCAACCUCAUCCUGCUCCGCUACACGGGCGAGAACCCGGCAGCCGCGCCCACCGUCCUGUACUUUCACGGCAACGCCGGCAACAUCGGCCACCGCGUGCCCAACGCGCUGCUCAUGCUGGUGAACCUGAAGGCCAACGUGGUGCUGGUCGACUACCGAGGCUACGGCAAGAGCGACGGCGAGCCCAGCGAAGACGGCCUCUACCAGGAUGCAGAGGCCACGCUGGACUACAUCAUGUCCCGGCCGGACGUGGACAAGACCAAGAUGGUGCUGUUCGGCCGCUCGCUGGGUGGCGCCGUGGCUAUCCGCCUGGCCUCGGUCAACCCGCACCGUGUGGCCGCAAUCGUGGUGGAGAACACCUUCCUCAGCAUCCCGCACAUGGCAGCCACGCUGUUCUCUUUCUUUCCCGUGCGCUACCUGCCGCUCUGGUGCUACAAGAACAAGUUCCUGUCCUACCGGCACGUGGCUCAAUGCCGCAUGCCCUCGCUCUUCGUCUCGGGCCUGUCGGACCAGCUCAUCCCGCCCGUGAUGAUGAAGCAGCUGUACGAGCUGUCGCCCGCGCGGACUAAGCGACUCGCCAUCUUCCCCGAGGGCACGCACAACGACACUUGGCAGUGCCAGGGCUACUUCGCCGCCCUGGAGCAGUUCAUGAAGGAGCUUCUGAAGAGCCAUGUGCAGGAGGAGCAGAGCCAGGGCUCAGCCAGUGUUACCAUCAUCUAGAGCGGGAGGCGCCUGCGCCUGCCCGCCGUGACGCGACGUACGUGUUUGUUUCUUGGUUUGCCCCUCCCUCUUCACCAGGGUCACUCCCAGCACUUAUUUCUCGCCCGUGGUACUGAGCGUUCGUCCGUGGUGGAUUCAGAGUGAAGGAUGGCCGUGUGUUGUCCUUUUUCCUUUGCUGUUUGAGAUAUGAAUGCAUGAGUGAUCUGCUUCGACGGUGUAAUGUCUUCUUGGCCUUUCUGCACUUGCACUCAUUCGCGGUGAUUGUACAGAAUUUUUCAAAUAUAUACAUGCACACAUACAAAGACCUCCUGCAAGUCCUACUCUAUAAUAAACUUAUUUGCCUAAUGUUGGGCAACGUGUUGA